AUGCUCUCGGAGAGUGAAUAUCCAACCCCAAGUAUUGUUAUACGCGGACCCGAUGACAGCACUACAAGGAAGCCAAUCGCUCGCUCCGAAGCUGUGGAAGGCCUGGGUUCGCCCGGCGUCCACGAGGACGACACAGCAUCAGCAACUUCGGCGGAAAAUACUCCCGAGUCGACUCCAUCUAACGACAGAAAUGGAUAUCCUCAACGGCAACUGAAACCUAUCCAUGCUGUAAGAAGUAGGAAAUAUGAAGACAGCAGAGCUGUCAGGCAAACUCGGCGAAACCUUGGACGUGAUCUCAGCAGAAGUGAUCAAGAUUCGAGCAGAGAAAGACUCCUCCGGAAGGAUAAAACUUCAGAGCCAAUCCACUACCUCAACUCCGAAUCUAAUUCGUGGUCUUCAAGUUGCAGUGAUGACUCGGACUCGGACGCAGAGCAACUUCCUCAUUCAAGUAAAGACCAGGAUGGCCUCCUGAGAGGACAAAUUGGGUUAACAGGCGAGCAAAAUGCGAGCGGCGACCUCAAUACUGAUCCAAUCUUUGAAGGAAUCAAUGGCCCUCUAACGAAGCCAAGUGCAGCUGAAGUUGCGCCUUUCCGAGGAGACGGUGGCAUCCCUAGCAUUCAAAAAGACCCGAGGAAACUGGAAAUCCGAAGUGAGAUUACCGAUUUUGGAGAGUCUCUGUACGCUAAAGUGGGGCAAUCCAGGUCUCGAAAUUCGUCAUUUUCAGUUACAUCUCCUGUUGCUGGGCGACAACAUUCCAAGAAGCUCGUGGGAACCCUUCAAGAGCGCCUUUUCCAGGCCCUUGUUCCAACUCAAGAGGAACUAUCGAAGCACCUCGCCGAUGUCCACAGCAAGGAAACGAUUGCGGAUUAUGCCAGUAAGAUCUGCGGAACAAGUUAUGAAGAGGAUGGAUCCAGGAAAGUCACCUGUUUUCGAAAAAUCUUUGUGAUCCUGGUGCUCAUCGAUAAGACACGUUCUAUCACCAAGUUUAUUGAUAUUGGCAUUUCCGACAGCGACUUGCCGCUGGUUCUGGCCAAGCGAAUGGAUUCGAAAGGCUCAAAAGAGCUCAGACUCAGUCGUAAUCCGGAAAAACACUUAAGUUGUUUCAGCAAGCAAUGGAAACAGCUUCAUUUUAGAAAUUUUGAACACUACCAAUGGACUACACUCUCUCCUUUUUUCGCUAAAGGAGGGUACAAACAAGUCAAACAUUACCCACUACAAGACCAAGCAAUCUUACCGUUCAUCUCAUGCAGCCCUGACGAAGGCCGUAUCGGCAAGACGCUAGCUUUUGAAGGUGGAUUCUCAAGGGUUUCAAAGAUUGACAUACAUCCUGAUCAUCACAACUUCGGUAGCAACUGCGAAAGUCACAAUACCAGGAGCUUUGCAGUGAAAUGCCUCCAUUCUCGAGACAAAAAACAGUUCAAGAAGGAAGUUGAAAUGCUCAAACGAUUCAGCGACCCAGAUGUACCCACCAACAGGCACUUGGUUUCUCUCUUGGCUACGUACCGGCAAUUCGGCGCCUAUUUCUUGAUAUUCCACUGGGCUGAUGCCGAUUUGAGGAGAUACUGGAUGGAAGUGAAGCCAACUCCAACUAUGGACCGAGACACAGUGCUAUGGGUAGCUCAGCAGUGUAGAGGUAUAGCGGAAGGGGUCGUGGCGAUUCACCAGUACAAAAGUUCGAAACUUCGGCCACAGCCAAAGGAUGAGGCAUUCGGACAUCAUGGUGAUAUAAAACCGGAAAAUGUCCUUUGGUUUCCAGAUAAAGAUCACGCGAGUACCAAACAAGGAACGCUGAAGCUCUCUGACUUCGGACUUGCGGAAAUGAGCGUCCAUCAUACGAGGUCUAUGCAGCCGAAAUCCAACUUUGCAACGUCUCGUUCUUACCAGGCGCCGGAAGUGGAAAUAGACGGAACGGGUGCAAUUGGUCGUUCCUAUGACAUGUGGACGCUUGGAUGUCUGUAUCUCGAAUUCAUCACGUGGCUGAUGGGUGGCUGGGACCUGGUCGGCAUCUUUUCUUUCGACAGAAUGAAGGAGGAUUGUGUCCUUGGCCAGGACUGCCCAACCUUUUAUGUGUUGAAGCCAGAGAUUCCGGGCAGGAAACACAGAGCGGAAAUAAAGCCCUGUGUCUCGAGAUUUAUCAGCCAACUCCUCGCCAAAGAUUCAUGUACUGCGUUCCUUCGCGACUUCAUAGAGAUGGUUCGGGAUGACUUACUCGUCAUUAAGGCAACUGACCCCCAAAAACGAGACCGUGCUACCUGUCAAGAGGUGCUGACGAGACUCGGGAACAUGCUGCAUAGAUGUGAGCAUAGUAACGGCUACGGAUACAAAGAAACCUCUUCGCCUGGGCGCCAUGAAUGA